UUAGGGAGAAAGACUUCUGCCCUUUCCAACAGGCUGUGUGAUAUCCACGCCUGCCCACUAGUUGUUUUACUAAAUAAUUUAUCAUGCUCCUGUGAUAAUCAAGCUAUAAGGAGGAGCCUGAUUUCAUAUACUGCCUGCUUUGAGCCAAUCGGGCAGAAAGGAUGCAGUAGAACAGGAUGACGGUGAGCACUGCUAGUGUACUGCAAAUGUGAAAGGGAAGCGAGAGCUGGCAGUUUAUGUGCAGAUUAGGGAAGAAGAAACAGAUCCAGGGAGGGAGGCCACUGGAUUAGGAGACCAGCUGGAAGAAAAACAUAUCAAUUGGAGGUGGCAGAAGAAUUUGUCCCGCUAACCAGCAGAAAUCCAGAUCGGCUCUUUAGCUUCUUAACACUGUGUUAUUUUGUUAUACUCUUGAGUCACAAUGAAUUUCCUACGAAGACGCCUUUCAGACAGUAGUUUUGUGGCCAAUUUGCCAAAUGGUUAUAUGAUGGACCUUCAACGUCCAGAUAAUUCUACCAGCAACCCUGUUUCCCCAGCAACAGAGAGAAGGCAGCAGCCUCUGCAGCAACCCACUCCUCCUUCUUCUGGUACCAGCAUCUUUAGUUCCCUCUCCAGUGCCAUGAAGCAGACCACACAGGCAGCGGCAGGACUGAUGGAGCACUCCACUGGCCCUGCCCCUGUCGUCCAACCAAAACCCCAGAUUCUCUUGGUCAUUGAUGAUCCCCACACAGAUUGGGCUAAAUAUUUUCAAGGAAAGAAGGUGAAUGGGGAAUUUGAGAUUCGUGUGGAACAGGCAGAAUUUUCAGAAAUCAAUUUGGCUGCAUAUGUGACUACUGGCUGUAUGGUGGAUAUGCAAGUCAUGAGGAAUGGCACCAAAGUAGUCAGAUCCUUCAAGCCUGACUUUGUUCUCAUCCGACAGCAUGCUUACAGCAUGGCACUAGGAGAGGACUUUCGCAGCCUUGUCAUUGGCCUGCAAUAUGGUGGAGUCCCAAGUAUCAAUUCACUUUUCUCCAUCUACAAUUUCUGCAGCAAGCCCUGGGUGUUCUCUCAGCUAAUUAAGAUCUUCAAUUCUCUGGGUCCUGAGAAGUUUCCUCUUGUAGAGCAAACAUUCUUCCCAAGCCAUAAACAGAUGCUCACAACUCCAGCGUUCCCUGUUGUUGUCAAGCUGGGACAUGCUCAUGCUGGAAUGGGGAAGGUAAAAAUUGAAAACCAGCAUGACUUCCAAGACAUUGUAAGUGUGGUAGCAAUGGCCAAAACUUACGUCACAACAGAGAAUUUCAUCGACUCCAAAUAUGAUAUCAGAAUCCAGAAAAUUGGCAACAAUUACAAAGCUUACAUGAGGACAUCGAUCUCUGGAAACUGGAAAGCAAACACAGGUUCUGCUAUGUUGGAACAGAUUGCCAUGACUGAGAGAUACCGGCUUUGGGCAGAUACUGUAGCUGAGAUGUUUGGAGGCCUUGACAUUUGUGCAGUUAAAGCUGUCCACAGUAAGGAUGGGAAAGAUUUCAUCAUUGAGGUGAUGGACAGCUCAAUGCCUCUAAUCGGGGAGCAUAUAGAGGAAGAUAGACAGCUAAUAGCAGAUCUGGUUGUCUCCCGAAUGACGCAAGUUUUCCUAGCUGUGGGAUCCUCCCCUUCACCUCUGAGACCUUGGCCACAGUCAGUGAAAUCACAGCCAGGACCUCAGCUUGGACAGCUUUCCCAACCACGACCACCACCUCAAGGGGGGCCACGCCAGCCUCAGGGAUCACAACCUGUACGGACAGGUGCUCCACCUCAGCAAAGGCUCUCUCCACAAGGUCAACAACCACAAAGCCCCCAGUCCACUUCACCACAGCAGCAGAGAUCACCGGGAUCUCCCCAACAAACCAGAUCAUCAGCCAGUAGUUCGCCAAGCCAGCCUUCAAAACCGGGCACCUUUCCCCCCCAGCAGCCCCGACCUCCAGCUCAGGGACGGGCUCCUGGUCCACAAGGGUCUGGAGAAUCAAACAAGCAACAGGCCCCUCCACAUCCUCACUUAAACAAAUCACAGUCUUUGACAAACACCUUCAGCCUCUCAGAUUCUUCACAACGAGGAAAUCCCAAUGAAGAUGAGGCAAAAGCUGAAACCAUCCGCAAUCUGAGAAAGUCAUUUGCUAGCCUAUUUUCCGAUUAAUCUUUUGGCCUAGAGUUUGUGCAGUUUGGUUGUUCUUUUAAAAAUCUAUGCUCCUUUUUAUAUUCCCCAAUCCAGUCUUGUCAUUGAAGUUAUCCAUUAGUAAAUAGUUUCUUAUAAAGUGCAUUCACCCAUACAGAUGAGGGGGGUGGGGAAGUUUCAACAAACUGUGGGAUUUUAGUUAUCCUCACAUCCAAUUGCGCUGCUUCUAAAGACCACUGGAGCUAUACAAUUUCUAUAACAUCUGAAAUAUAUAAACAGAAUAUAUGUGUUCUUUGUCCUAUACCAAGUUGGAGAGUAAAGGACAUGUACACUAGAGCUGACAUGUAUGUGAAUGAGAGGCCAAUGUGUGUAGGGUAUAAUUCUACCCACUACCAUUCAUUCAAACUAGUAUUUUACUGUGUAUAUAUACAAGCCCAAAGCCUACAAACAGAAUCCUUCAGUUAUCUUUCUACAUAAAUAGUCCCUUCAGUACCUGUAUAUUUUUAGUUAAUUCAGUUCAAAAAACCACACUGAUAAUAAAAUCAUUUCAACCAUUGCUUCCCUGGGUAAGCCAGUAACCAAAAGCACUGCUCCACACCCAGAUGAAUGUGUAGGAUAUCGCUCUGGGUAAAAAAGCAAACAUCUUUUUCGUAGUGUGUUUAUACAGUGUGUCACAAACAAGCAGGAUUUGAGAGCCAGCUGCCCAAUCAUUCCUACUUGUAGUAUGACUGAUACAACAGAUAACAGCUUCUUUCUGCAGACGGGUUAAUGUUGUUAGUGGCAAGCGGCUUCACAUUUUUGAUUUAUUCCUUCCCAACAAACCAAAGAAAGAAUCCAGAGUUUUAUCUAGUUCUUUUCUGCUUUGCUGGGAACAAAACAACAAGCAGAAGCUCCCUGCUGCCAAAUGACACAAUAAAAUCAACUGCUGCUACUUCAAGCUGAGGCAAUCUCAGCACCAGCAUGCAGUUCAUUCAAACCAAAGUUUCCUUCUGUUGUGGAAACACACCUAAUGUGGUGGAUCACAUAAUUUUUUGCAUUGUUCUUUAAAGUAGGAUCACCCUUAGACAAAUGGACCCUAAAUAAACUCUAUUCUAAUUCCCAAAUGCAAUUAAUCUUAUCAUACCUAUAGCACUGGAUGUGGGAAUGAUUGAUUCUGACUCAAAUUGUCUUGUUACAUUGUCUAUAAAGAUGAAACUUGUCCAUACCCUGACAACUGAAAUUAAAAUAUAAUAUAUAAUGUGUUAUACAAGUAUCAUAUCCUAGUAAAUGAACAUGCAAAUGUAUGAAUUUUAAAAUAGCCAUAAUGCAUUUCAGAUAAAAGGCAGGGUCUCUCACCAGUUUUCUAGAGAAAGUUGAUUACAGAUAUUUUAAAGUAGCUGCUGCAAUUUAACUUGGUGGAAAAUUUAUAAGGAUUCUUUUAAAGCACCCAGAUAGCCAUCUGUCAGUGGCAACAAAGGACGGAGUAACAGUACCAUAGGCUGAAUUCAUAGCAUAAGGAAAUGCUCUCUUUAACUGACUGUAUAUUUCUAGCUUCCCAAUGUCAGUAUUGGGCCUUAACUCCUUGACAUUUAAGCAAGAUGAGGUUACAUGUCUAACAUUACAGUCAUAGAGGGUGGGAAAAUAAAGCUAUAGCUAGAAUUCUUGCUGUUCCAUAAUCAUUUAAAACCAAACAAUUUGCUUGACUUCCUUUUUACACCACUAUCUAUGCAACACUGAAAGAAGCAGGACAUCCAUCUGGCACCACACGUCAGACACCAGAAAAGUCCUUAUUGUAACGAAGACAGCUGGACUCUAUGAUAAGCUACCACAAAGAUGUCAUUUGCCUUCUCAGCACUCAAUUAAAAUAGCUAGAAUUGAGAUCAUAGUUUGCACCCUACCCUCUGACCCCUGAGGGAGCAAGUUAUCCUUACUCAGCACUAAGAAAUGUAGUGAACUUUUUGUUUAACUUGUUUUAAAGCUGAACCUGACUUUCUCUCAGUCCCUCCACAAUAAUUAACUUCACAGAUCUCAGUUCUGCACCCUGCAAUGUACGACACCCAAUGCUGUUACAUCAGGCAAUGUGUAAACAAAGCUAAAGCCAUGAAUUUUAGCUUCUUAGAAAGACUUUUUAACUAAGCCAUUUGUUUUUACUCUAGUUUUACAGAUAUCAUGUAGGACAGCAAUACAACUCUUAACAGUUCUACAUCCUUGACUCAGCUGCUGGAAUUAUAAUUCAAAUAGUUAUAUUAAUACAGCCUGGAAUCAGAACAAACUAGCUCUCUACAUAUUGCUAGUAUGGGCUUUCUACGGAACAAGCACACCAAAA